AGGUGGUGGCAUUGUGUUUCGGCGUACAGCGUCUGUAUGGUACAUAAUUUGCCGUGCCCGUGUGGUCAUCAGUUGCACGUCCCGCACUCGAGCGAAAUAGCAUGUACCAGUUGUAACAUUACCCAGGUUGCCCGAUGCCAUGUACCAAAAAGUAGGUGGUUGCCCUGAGGCCGAUGGCCGAGGGGUGGACAAGUUGCUUAGCGACCUCGACAACAGAUUGUCAUUUCAUGACAACAGGUGGAUGUGCCUCACCCAACCUGAGAGGGCCACCCUGUGCUUGGGACCAGUCGCACGCCUCGAAGUCACCAUUGUGAAGGCGAGGAACAUAAUACCCAACGAGGCCAAUGGGAUGCAAAGGUUCUUGGCACCUCCGCAACCAUUUGUCAGAGUGUAUUUGGACGACAAGGAGGUGUACGAGGGCUUUCGCUCGAGCAAUACGCGCAACCCGACGUUUCAUGACAAGUGUGAGGUCGACGCUACUGCGGCGAAAUCGAUUGUGCGAUUUCACGUGUACGACAAAGACAUCGAAGAUGAGGAGGCUAAAGAUGUGUUGAAGGGGAACAUGACCAAGUUUUCAGUGGCGAACGGUAAGUCGUCUUCGCUGCGCCACUCCCUCGGUUUCGUAGAGAUUUGUCUCGCGGACAUGCCAUUCGACCAGGAAAUAUCAGGCUGGUUGGAGUUGCGUUUUCCCAUGCACCUGCAAGGCACAAACAGGAUGCGCUACCAGCAGCACUGCGAGUCACGCGAAGAUGUGUUGCACGAGAGGAUGAUAGAAAAGUCUAAAGGGCACACUUCGGUAAACCACUCGCACAAGGCGGCUUUCGUGCAAACGUCGAAGAAGGCCGGCAAGAAACAAUCGGGGGUUAGCAUGAUGAAAAGCAUAAUGGGCAGAUUCCGUGACCAACCGUCAUCAUCAGCGGGUGAAGGAGCUUCAGAAAUGUCCCAGCUCAACGCAGGCGAAUUGUUUGUCAAGAUGAGGUUAGUGAGGGUCGCGCCGUCGAAAUACGACGUCAUGUACUCACAUGCCCUUCAGCCCCCCGCGUUGUCUUUCAAUCCUGUCGUUCAAGAAGAUGCGCUCCCAGAGUUCGAUAUUCAGGAGUUGUUCGACGAUGCAAUAGACAUCAAGUUUGCGGUCAUCGACGAUUUCGUGCUUUGUGCCGCCAGCUACGUAUGGUAUAUACUCAAUUGGCACAGCAGGGCCGUCUCUGGUCUUAUCACAUUGUGUCUCUUGCUGGCUUGUUGGAGACCAUACCUCAUCAACCCGUUCAUGUAUGGCAUAAUGGCAGCGCUCUUAUCCAUUGAUGAAUAUCCGACAGGCCCAGAGGCAGCUCAUGACGACCUCGGGGCUGAACGCACCACUGACCAAUGAGGGCUUCCUGACCGUGGCAAGAUGGAACAGCAUCUUCCAGAUGGAGGCGUUCCUGUACAGAGUGAUUACGCACCAGGGUGGCCAGGUGGUGUCCGAGCGUCACCUCCACGAUUUCGUGGCCAGAGGGUUCGGGGACCUGCUCGACCCGACCAGAGGCUUCGAGGAGGACGACACCUCGCUGACGCUCCAGGAUGUUGUGGGCGUCAUGAAGACAAUGAAGCACAUGGUCGCAGUGCAGGGAAAGGACGUGGAUGAUGCCGUGAUCAAGCGGGGGAGCAUAGUGAGAAUCCACGAGAGGCGGCGCGCGACGGUCGGCGCUGUCCUCCCAGCGGAGGGCGAGAACGGGCAGACGCGUUACGUCGUCCACUACGACGAGAUGUACCCGACCGAGGAGCAAGAUGAGGAGGUCCUGUACGAAGAGCAGCUGCACAUCUCAGGAGACCCGACACGGCCUGAGCAUAAGCGUGUCGGAGGUCCGCGCGGAGUGCUUGGGUCGGCGUCGGGCAACUUUCGCCACCCUGAGGCGACGCUUGCGGUCAGCCCCCAGCGAGUGAGGGGAGCAGGUUCCAGCGCCGACCCCGGAAGUCCGCGCGGACGUUCGAGAUUGUGUGUUUCUGUCGUCUCGCGUCUUCUGCAUCCGCACCGAGAUGCCCAGGAUUCCGACAAUCCUCCUCCCUGGCAAGGUCAAGGAGACCAUUCGAUUUGUUGCUUGGCAGAUAGAUU